AAAACCAAUUUCAAGAGAUAAAGAAUGUGACUCCAAUUAGAUCUCAUAAUAUUAUAAUAGGAAGGAGUGAGGAAUUACCUAUUAUAGUAUUAGAUGCUAGCACGGUUAAUAAGAAUCAAACUACUCCUAUUAAUAUGACCAUCUCCGGUAAUUUGUUUUCUGGAAUAUACUCACAGAGUGAGGGCACUAAUGUGCCUAAACCGACCAUGAAUGAACAAAGUGAA